GCGCUGCAGAAGUUGAGGUUGGGACUUAAGGUCCAGAAACUGACAGACCCCAUAGUUAGUAUCCUCGUGGACAAUCGUACCAUGGUUAUAGAGGAUUACGUAGAGGGAGUUCAGGCGUAUUUCCGCCUAGAGAAGGAUGGGAAGGUGGAGAAGGUCCCCCACUCCCUGACUCUCCUCGUAGAGGACAACCUCCCGUUUGAUGCAGUACUGGGAAUGGAUUGGGGAGAGGCAGUUCGGGCCACGCUCCAUUUGAAGGAGCACGAGUGUAGGCUCCCUAGUUCGUCAGGCGAGGCCAAGACUGCCCGCCUGUUCCAUGUGUCAGGGGUAGAGAAUUCCUUGGCACACUGCUGCCUUAGUGCCCCCGCGUUCGCCAGACUGGUGAAGAAGGAGGGAUUGGAGGAACAAGUCUUUGUUGCCUAUGUCAGGCCAGUGACUGAGCCUACGGAGGAGAAGCCGAUGGACCCCGCGAUUGCCAAGCUGCUGGAAGAGUUUAAGGAUUUGACUGAGCCGCCGACAGGCACGGUGCCGCGGCCCAUCCAGCACCGUAUUCAGAUAGAGACUGGCAGUAGAACUCCUAAGGGUGCGGUGUAUAGGAUGUCCCCGCGGGAGUUAGAGGAGCUGCGGAAACAGUUGGACGAGCUCCUUGAAAAGGGUUGGAUUAGGCCCAGUUCGACCCUCGAAGAGCAUCAGGGUCAUCUCAGGCAGGUCUUGGAGAAGUUGAGCGAAGCUAACUUCAAGAUCAAUGCAAAGAAGUGCGAUUGGGCAAAGACCCAAGUUUUGUACCUAGGCCACGUCUUAGACGGAGACAGCGUUAAGCCAAAAGAUAGCAAGAUCGCAGCGAUUAGAGAUUGGCCCACGCCACGUACGCUGACAGAGUUGCGCUCGUUCCUGGGCCUAGCUAACUACUAUAGGAAGUUCGUGAGGAACUUCUCCACCAUCGCUGCGCCCCUUCGCAGAUUGCUGAGAAAAGCGACAAUCUGGAAGUGGGACAAGGACUGCACGUCUUCCAUGAAGAAGCUAAAGAAGGCAUUGAUAGAGUAUCUGGUCCUUAAGGUCGCCGAUCCGUCCUUGCCUUUUGUCGUUACUAUGGAUGCUAGCCAGUACGACAUAGGCGCAGUGUUACAGCAAGACGAUGGCAAUGGCUAUAGACCCGUAGAGUUCAUGUCCGCCAGGAUGCCUUCAGACAAGGUCGCGACAUCUACCUAUGAAAGGGAACUCUACGCUCUCAGGCAAGCCUUAGACCACUGGAAGCACUACUUGCUUGGGAGGCACUUCAAAGUCUAUUCUGACCAUGAGACAUUACGAUGGUUAAAGACGCAGGCCAAGAUGACACCUAAGCUUACUAGGUGGGCCGCAGAGAUAGAUCAGUAUGACUUUGAGCUCAAGCCUGUCAAAGGGAAGUACAACGUAGUCGCAGAUGCUCUAAGUAGGAGAGCGGAUUACUUUGGGGCAAUAGUACAUUACCUCGAUAUAGGGAAGGACCUGCAACAGAGGGUUAGAGAAGCUUACGCGCAGGACCCUAUCUAUAGUGAGCUCCUUAAGCAAGUCAAGGAGGCCCCAGAGACUGAACCGAAUUACCGCACUACCGAAGGGUUGCUUUUUGAGAAGACUAAUGUGUCUGACCGCCUGUGCAUCCCCAAUAGCGAAGAGAUUCGUAGUCUGAUCCUGGGCGAAUGCCAUGACACAAAGGGUCACUUUGGUUGGCAAAAGACUUUAGCCAAUCUUAUGCGUGCGUAUACCUGGCCAGGGAUGAAGAAUGACUGCGUAGAGUAUGUUCGCAGUUGCAAAGUCUGCCAGCGUAAUAAGAGUUCUAAGCGCGCCCCGCUAGGUCUUCUCAGACCCUUGCCCAUUCCGGAUCAGCCGGGAGACUCAGUGUCAAUAGAUUUCAUGGACACUCAAGUCAAGAGCAGGCAUGGCAAGAGCCAAGUCAUGGUCAUAGUUGACCGCUUUAGCAAGUACGCAGUUUUUGUUCCUUUGCCUUCAGAGGCCCGUACUGAUUUAGUCAUACAGAGGUUCUUUGACUGUUGGGUUAGUGAGAACGGAAUCCCGCUGUCAUGGGAGUGUAUGGAUCCAAGUUGUUGAUGUCAUCCGACCGUCAUCCAGAGACUAACGGUCAGACAGAGCAAAUGAACAAGAUCCUACAGC